AUGGCGCUGCCGAACCAGAACACCGUCGAUUACCCCAGCUUCAAGCUCGUCAUCGUCGGCGAUGGCGGGACUGGCAAAACCACAUUUGUGAAGAGGCAUCUCACUGGAGAGUUUGAGAAGAAAUACGAACCCACCAUUGGUGUUGAAGUUCACCCGUUGGAUUUCACCACUAACUGUGGAAAGAUCCGUUUCUACUGCUGGGACACUGCUGGGCAAGAGAAGUUUGGUGGCCUUAGGGAUGGAUACUAUAUCCAUGGUCAGUGUGCGAUUAUCAUGUUUGAUGUCACUUCAAGGCUGACCUACAAGAAUGUUCCUACGUGGCACAGGGACUUGUGCAGGGUUUGUGAGAACAUCCCCAUUGUGCUGUGUGGCAACAAGGUUGAUGUGAAGAACAGGCAGGUUAAGGCCAAGCAGGUGACAUUCCACAGGAAGAAGAACCUCCAGUACUAUGAAAUCUCUGCCAAGAGCAACUACAACUUUGAGAAGCCCUUCCUUUACCUUGCUAGGAAGCUGGCUGGUGAUCCCAACAUCCACUUCGUCGAAGCAGUGGCCCUUAAGCCUCCGGAAGUGACCUUCGACUUGGCCAUGCAGCAACAGCACGAGGCUGAGCUUGCGGCUGCAGCGGCACAGCCACUGCCUGAUGACGAUGACGAUCUGAUCGAGUAG